UUUUUACUAAAUUCACAUUUUUAUAAAUUUCUCCUUAUGUAGUGCAUUGGCUUGUGAUCUACCUUGCUUGCAUGUCAUUUUGGAUAAUCUGCCAAAUGAAUACACUUUUGUAGUGGUGUAGUGAUUCACUAUCAUUUGUCACCACAGGCAAUACUGGUAUGCACAAAUGGGUAGAGCAUGAAUGAGUCAUCACGUGGCCUCCAAUUAGAGACGGAGAAACAGCAGGUGUGGAGGAGAGUGAAGGAGAGUCCAGGGUGGAGACAGAGAGCAGGUGUGGAGGUGGGUGAAGGACAGUCCAGGGUGGAGAGAAGGACAAUAGAGGGGUUGAAAGGAGGCAGGCGUGGCAUGCUGGCAUAAAAGACACAGCUCAUCCCUACCUCCCUCAUUCUGCUCAACACCCUCCACCACUCUCUCUUCGCUGGAAUCACAUCCUCGUCACACCUGUCGUAAUCAUGACUCAACUGCAGGGAGCUAUGAUGGCACUCAUUGGGGUCUUCCACGAACAUGCUGGCAAAGACCAGGCCCUGAACAAGGCUGAACUUAAGGGUCUCCUCGAGGCUGAAUUUGGUGGUGCUUCUGGGAAUGCAAAGGACAAGAAUGUUAUUGAUGAGAUCUUUAAAGGAUUGGACCAGGAUGGCAGCGGAUCAGUCAACUUCACCGAGUUUGUCACCAUGGUGGCUGCCCUUACUGCCGCAACCCAUGAAAUGCUGUCCCAACAGUAGAUAGAAAAGUCGUUUUCAUCUACACAAACCACACCACUAAAUAGCGCCACUGCCCUAUGUACCGCUACAGCCUAUUAAUCAGUUUCAUUCAAAUGUAAUUCUUAUGUUGUAAGCAGAAGUAUUAACUAAUUGAAAUAAAGAAUUGUGGGUACAUCUUUCUGGUUGUAUUGCUCUCUCUCUCUCUCUCUUUCUCUCUCUCUCACACACACACACACACACACACACACACACACACACACACACACACACACACACACACACACACACAGGUUCACACCACUACUAGAGGGAGCUCUCUGUCCAGAGUUCUGGAUCUUUAAUCCAUGAAGGUGUCAUCAAUUCAAGAAUAUGAAAACAACAA